UUAGUGGUUGCAUUUUAAAGUGUCGUUAAAUUCAUUAAAGUUACCAAACAAUAUCCAUUACUAAUACUUUAUUAAAUUUCAAAAAGAUAACAUUUUCCCUUCAAAUUGCAUCAAAUGAAUCCAAAUUGGCUGCGUUGGAGACUUGGAGCAUUGACAUGUCAAACCAAAUGAGUUCCCUUGUUUUGAUCAUCCCGACGACGGCGGCGAAGAGAAGAGAUCCCUUUCACCAAACCACCUACCGAUCCAAAUCAUAAGAACCUAACAAUCAAUAAUCUAUAACUUUCCCAACUAUCCAUAACCGUUUUCGAAGCUUUAUCUAUGAUCUUGAUCCAACCCCGUGUUCUUCUACUGCUGCUUCUCCUCGCCGGAGCAGCAGGAACCACUGUUUCUGCCGCCGACGAUGGUUUCUCUUUCCUGUUCGACGAUUCACAGCUUGAUGGUGUACGAGAGAUCCAGUCAGAUGGCCGAGUGGUUCAUACCAACGACACCGAGAUGUUCGGUGUUGGUCACACCUUCUACUCUCGCCCUUUCCGGUUCAAAAACUCGACUACCGGCGACGCUUACUCGUUCUCCACCUCUUUCGUUUUUGGAAUUAUACCGGAAAAUCCUCUUUUCACGUUCCACGGCAUGACUUUUGCGAUUGCUCCGUCGAAAGAAGUGAUUGAUGCAUCGUCUUCGCAACAUCUCGGACUCUUUAACAGGACAAACGACGGAAACGCCUCAAAUCACGUCGUCGCCAUCGAACUCGACACUUUUAGAAACCUCGAACUUGGCGACAUGGACGGCAACCAUGUGGGUCUUGAUAUAAACAGUAUAGUAUCGGUUUUAGCUGCAACAGCAGGGUAUUACGAAAAUGGGGUUUUUCAAAACUUAACUCUUGCUAGUUCGCGAGAAAUACGAGCUUGGAUCGAUUACGAUGGUGUCAAGAAAACCAUAGAUGUCACACUAGCUCCUCUUCCCCUCAAAAAACCUGAAAAACCUCUCGUAUCUUGGAAGAAAGAUCUAUCUCCUUUUUUACUCGAAGAAAUGUACGUCGGAUUCACUUCAGCGACUGGGGUUCUUCUUCAGAGGUUUUACGUCGUCGGUUGGAGUUUUCAGAUGAAUGGCGAAGCUCAAGAAAUCGAUAUAUCGAAGGUCCCACGCUUACCUCUCAAGAAAAAAUCUACGAAAAAGAAGACAAUGGGUUUAGCAAUUGGGUUAUCUUUAGGUGGAUUACUGGUUCUUUCAUUAAUUUCACUAGUGGCGUUCGUUUUGUUCCGAAGAAGAAAACGUAAAUUCGCAGAAGUUCUUGAAAGUUGGGAGGUUCAAUACGGACCUCACAGGUUUUCCUACAAAGAUCUUUACACCGCCACAAAAGGGUUUAAAGAAAGUGAGCUCCUCGGAAAAGGUGGUUUUGGUCAGGUCUACAAAGGGACUUUGCCGGACAUAGGAGCUCAGGUCGCCGUGAAGAAGAUCUGGCAUGAAUCCGGCCAAGGAAUGAAGGAAUUUGUGGCGGAGAUAGCCACCAUUGGGCGGUUGCGACACCCAAAUUUGGUAAGACUUCUUGGGUAUUGUCGACGAAAAGGCGAAUUGUUUCUUGUAUAUGAUUAUAUGCCGAAUACUAGUUUAGAUAACUUCAUAUUCAGUUCGAAUCCCGAAUUCACUUUAACAUGGAAACAAAGGGUUAAAAUCAUUAUCGAUGUAGCCGAAGCUUUAGCUUAUUUGCAUGAAGAAUGGUGUGAAGUUAUAAUCCAUCGGGAUAUCAAAGCAAGCAAUGUGUUACUAGACGCCGAAUUGAACGGAAAAUUAGGCGAUUUUGGGCUCGCGAGAUUCGGCAACAACAAUGGAACCGAUGCAAAAACGACUCAUUUAGCUGGGACUUUAGGGUACAUAGCACCUGAAUUGGCCCGAAAAGGUAAAGCCACCACCGCCACCGACAUUUUUGCUUUCGGAGCGUUUUGCUUAGAGGUUGUUUGUGGGCGGCGGCCGGUGGAGUUGCAGGGGCGGCAAGAGGCGGUGAUUCUGGUCGAUUACGUGUUGGAUUGUUGGUUUAAGGAGACACUCUCGCAAGCGGUUGACCCGAAACUGAAGGACGAUUUGGAUGUUGAGGAAAUGGAUUUGGUUUUGAAGGUGGGGUUGCUUUGUUCGCACUCCGUGCCGGCGGUGAGGCCGAGCAUGUCGCAAGUUUUGAAAUUUCUUACCGGAAAAGAGCCAUUGCCGGCGGAUUUCGAUACUGUAUUGGAGAUAAGAGAUGACUACUCAGGUCGACUUGGUGAAGCCUCUUCAAGUGCUUACUUUUCUCAAAUACAGUACUCAACGGCGUCGGCGCCGAUCACUGAAUCGUUCAUGUCCUCCGGCCGGUGAUGUGCAUGAACACGUAUGUAAAAUGUAUUUUAUUUAUUUAUUUAUUUUGUCACCAUUGGUAUUGUUGAUGGUAAAUAUAAAAUUGCAUUGAGGGCCAAGUGUGUUGGGAUAAAGCCAAAAGCAAAGGUGGAUGGUGCCAUGGUGGGGGGUUGGAUUUAGUUGAAAAAGGAAGUGAUAGGGAGUGUAGACUUUGAUGUCUACUUGUCCUUUUUCGAAUAGGCGCAUUGGUUUGGAAUUUUGAAAUCAUGUUGUAAAAUGAAAACGUAUUUAGGUUUGUUUAAGAAUGAAAAGUACGCAAAAACAUGGUUGUUUCUAAUU